GCACUCCGUCGUCGUCUGCGCUGAUGAGAGUAACGCAGAAGGGGGAAAGUUAUUGAUGAGAUUCGCGUGUGCGACCGGUCCCCGCGAUUCUUACGUUUACGAUUAUUACGCGGCAGAUUAAGUAGCGUGUAUCAGUUCAAAGGUCACGUCUGGAGCAAAUUGAACUAAAGAGUGGGACAGAGAAAGAUAGAUAGUGGGAUCUUCUACAAAGAUCCUAGUUGCUUCCGUCUUCGGACUAGCAGCAGGUUAAAGUAUUUGCACCAGAAGCGAAAAUGUCACUGUGGGCAAAAGCACAGCAAUUGCCACAAGAUGCAUUGCAACAAGUACGUUCAGUGUACGGAGAACAUUUCCCAAUUGAAGUUCGACAUUUUUUGUCUACUUGGAUCGAAGAAAAAAUGUGGACCGACAUAGAACCUGAAAAUCCACAGCACGAACAGUAUGUAGCUAAUCUUGUCAUAUCUCUGAUACAAGAAUUGGAAUCCAAAGCAGCUUCAUUAAAUACAGAUGAUAUGUUUCUUACAAAGUUAAAAUUAAUUGAGGCUGCAAAAAAUUUUCGCCAAAGAUACACUCACAAUCCGACAACAUUGUUUAGAAUAAUUAGACACUGUCUAGCAACAGAAAUGAACUUAGUAGCUCAAGUAGAAAAUUUGGGAGGUGCUUUAAUGAGCAAGGCAGGUGGAAAAGUAGGAUUGAUCAGUGAUUCUGUUGCUGAAAUAGCGCAACACGUUGAAUCUUUACGACGCAGAACGCAAGAAACUGGAGAAGAUUUACGAAAAAUGGAGCAAGAACAAGAAGCAUUUGCAAUUAGUUAUCACGAAUGUACUAAAUUAAAUGCGCAUCUUCAACAUCUUGCAACUCAGCCACAAAAUCAGCAAAAUUUAGACCUGGAAAAAAAGAUCAGAAGACAAAAGGAGCAACAAGAACAACUACUAAAUCAUAAAGUGGCUGGUUUGAUGCAGUUACGUUUGACAUUAGCUGAUAAACUGAAGGACACGAUCACCAGACUAAACAGUUUGCAAUCUAGAGUUUUGGAUGAUGAACUUAUUAGAUGGAAAAGAGUACAACAAUUAUCAGGAAAUGGUGCGCCGUUUAACAGCAAUUUGGAUACCAUUCAAGAAUGGUGUGAUAGUUUAGCAGAAUUAAUUUGGCUUAAUCGUCAACAAAUCAAAGAAGCAGAUCGUUUAAAACAAAAAUUUGCGCUCGAACCACCAGGAAUGCAAGAUAUUCUUUCUACGUUAAAUUCACAGAUCACACAGCUUCUUAGUUCUCUAGUUACUAGUACAUUUAUCAUAGAAAAGCAACCGCCGCAAGUAAUGAAAACCAAUACACGUUUUACGAGUACGGUACGUCUUCUCGUGGGUGGAAAAUUAAACGUUCAUAUGAAUCCACCUCAAGUAAAAGUGAGUAUCAUUAGCGAAGCUCAAGCAAAUGCUAUGUUAAAGAGCGACAAAAUGGCAAAAAAUGGAGAAGUUAGCGGUGAAAUCUUGAACAAUACAGGAACAAUGGAAUAUCAUCAGGCAACCAGACAACUUUCCGUAAGUUAUCGUAACAUGCAAUUGAAGAAGAUCAAAAGGGCAGAAAAGAAGGGAACAGAAUCCGUCAUGGAUGAAAAAUUCUCGCUCCUCUUUCAAUCGCAAUUUAACGUUGGGGGAGGUGAAUUAGUAUUCCAAGUUUGGACGUUAAGUUUACCAGUUGUAGUAAUUGUACAUGGAAAUCAGGAACCACACGCGUGGGCUACGGUUACAUGGGAUAACGCUUUCGCUGAACCUGGAAGAGUACCAUUCGCAGUACCUGAUAAAGUUCCAUGGGGUCAAGUAGCCGAAGCGUUAAACGUUAAAUUUAAAUCGGCAACAGGCCGUUCGUUAACGGAAGAUAAUCUUCGAUUUCUCGCGGAAAAAGCAUUUCGCGGAGGAAACGCGGCUGGACAAGAUUAUUCCGGUUUGCUACUGAGUUGGGCGCAGUUUUGCAAAGAGCCAUUGCCCGAAAGAAAUUUCACGUUCUGGGAAUGGUUUUACGCCGUGAUGAAGUUGACCAGGGAACACUUGAGGAGUCCUUGGAUCGACGGGUACAUAAUGGGAUUCGUAAGAAAGAAACAAGCUGAAGAAAUGCUGGCGAACUGUCCGUCAGGAACUUUCCUAAUGCGCUUUUCAGAUUCCGAACUCGGUGGGGUUACUAUCGCUUGGGUUGGAGAACAAACCGAAGUCUUUAUGUUACAACCGUUCACCAGCAAAGAUUUCGCAAUCCGCAGUUUAGCGGAUCGCGUGUCCGAUUUACAACACUUACUGUACCUCUACCCAGAUUUGUCGAAAGAUCAAGCAUUUUCCAAAUAUUACACACCGUUUCCAGAAAAUCAAUCUACGUCAACGAACGGAUAUGUGAAACCUUUGUUAGUAACGCACGUACCUGGUUGGGGCGGGCCGGGUGUCGGUGGUCAGACACCGUCACACUCUUCUGUAGUCGGGGUAGGCAGUAGUGGUCAGAGUGGUCCAGGUGGUAGUUAUCCUGCAACGCCGUCCACUAUGUUCCAAGCGCACAGUCCUGACCCGUCCGUAACACGCGAUACUCCAUCGGUGGCUUCCAGCUACGCUCCGGGCCUUGGCCAGUCAGGCGUUGGGCGAACAAACACGGACAUGGACUAUGCAGAUCUGAUGAGUCACAGUGAGCUGCCCCCGAUCGACGAUAAUAUCGACUUGGAACACUUUAAUGGCUUUAGCUUCUCCGAGUUCAUACAAUCGUACAACACUAAGCCGCAAUAGGUAUGUCGGGAUGAUCGCGAUAUAUAUUUCUUUUGUUGAAUUGAUCGCCUUCGUUUAUCCAUCCACGAUACAACUUUUAAACGUAUGCAAUUCGAUGGUAUGCGAUCUAUGUUUAUCGUUGUUUAAUAGGGGAGGGAUGUAAAAAGAAAAUUAUCGUUUCGUCGUCAUCAAUAUCGUUCAUCUAACACGUUGUACACACUUAUUUUUAAUUCUAUUCGUCUCUGGCGAAGCGUAGCAUAUCUUGUGACCCUUUGCAUUUGGGGUCAUCUCGUUGCAAAGUAUGCAAACAAAGCUGACACGCUAAAUAUUAUUAACUUUUGAGCUCUGUAAUUUAUUGUAACGAUAUUCUGUCCACGCUCAAAUUGUACCAAUUCGCUUUCUUUAAGCCUUGACACCGCUGUGAAUAUACUUCAUAUUUUUUUUUUUUUUUUUUUAUAUAUAUAUAUAUAUAUAUAUACAUAUCUCGGUAUAUAUACUGUAUUUAAAAAAUUUGCGCUCGCGUAAGUUUGUCCUGUAUCUUAUUUACGAUAUUUCCUCAGUAGUGACAUCCGAGUGCAAAGGGUUUAUUAUAUCGUGUAAGUGCAAUAUACAUAUAUGUAGUAUAAUGUCUCGAGGCGAUCGCCAUCGAUUUUAGUUACUUUGCAUACGAACGAAACAAAAAGUCGCACGAAUAUUUAUACAUUAUCACUUACGUGUUACUUAGCUGCGAUUAGGCACGUCCAUAUGUGUAUCGUAAUUGACAUUAUUUCAUCAUGUUCUCAAUAUAAAAUACUUGUCAUGCCUAAUGUACAAUGAUAGUUUGGUCAUACGAGAACGUUUAAUUAAAUUCUGAUGAAGUGAUCUGCAAUUAAUAUUGCUAUGCAGAAUCUUCCCAAUCGUGUUUUAAUUUUACGCUCAACAACGAGGCUUUCUUUACAAAAUAUUUAGUUUUAUCCGGCUUUUCUUUGUAUAGUUGAAAUUAGUUAUUACAUCUUGUAAGGAAACGGAAACGAGUGCUAUGAUGUAGAAGAGCGUUGAAGAUACGCGCGAUAAAGAUGUAAACGCCACAUAGUAAUGAGCUAGAGUUAACUUGUAUAUCGUUGCAUAGCACAUUUUGAGAUAUUAAAACAUGUUUAUACAAAGUAAUUGAAAUGAUUUCACAGUUUAAGUGAAUCACUUUAUAUUUGUUCUUUUCAAUCGGUACCUUUUUGAUGGCGGUCACAAUGGUCUAGUAAUUAUU